AUGGCGGGCUCCACGCUGGCAUCGGAGUGCGCGGACCGGCGCCGGCAGCGGCCUGUGGCUGUUGUCGCCGCUGCCUUGGCGCUGCUCAGCUGGCUCCGCACAGCGCACGGAGGCAGUGACGGGGGGAGUUCAUUAAAUGAUGACUUGUUAUUGCCAUAUCCUCCUUCCUACCACGGUCCUCGUCACCAUCACAGGUACGUCAGAGACUGUCAAGCUGUCGUGCAUGGCAACGUAACACAUGAAACUUGGCCCAGCAACACUAGCACCGAACUUCCUGUGACUAUGACAAGAGGAUUCGUGUCUUACUUCCCACCAGAGGGCGAGACACAAAGGGAAGUCUAUGGCCACUUUACUUUUGUGAGCAACCCCCUGAGAACCUUCUCUGUGUUAGAGCCUGGCGGCUUGGGAGGUUGCAAUUCAAGCCUUCAGGCCACUGUGAUAGAAACUGCAAGACGUGGCAAGUGCCUAGUGGCCCAAAAUGGUGGCUACUUUGACAUCGUCACCGGAGAAUGCCUCGGGAACAUUGUGAGCGAUGGAAGGCUGGUGAGAAAUGCCAGAGGCGUGCAGAACGCGCAGUUUGGCAUCAGGAAGGACGGCACCAUGGUGUUUGGUUACCUGUCGGAGGAGGAUGUUUUGGAUCAAGUCAACCCAUUUGUGCAGCUGGUAAGCGGUGUAGUCUGGCUGCUGAGAGAUGGAGAAGUGUAUGUCGGUCAGAGUAAGACAGCGGAGUGUGACAAAACUCAAACCACAGGGUCCUUUGACAAGUUCAUCAAUGUGAUAUCUGCCAGGACGGCAGUGGGACAUGACAGGCUCGGGCGACUGAUCUUGGUUCAUAUGGAUGGACAGACAGAUGUGAGGGGCCUCAAUCUCUGGGAAAUGGCCAACUUCCUAAAGCAGCAGGGUGUCGUGAAUGCUAUCAAUCUGGAUGGUGGAGGGUCAGCCACUCUGGUUUUAAAUGGAACCCUUGCGAGUUACCCGUCAGAUCACUGCAAGUCCGACGCCAUGUGGCGCUGCCCUCGGAGCGUCUCGACAGUCAUGUGUAUCCACGAGCCUGCUUGCGAGCCUCCAGACUGCAGCGGGCACGGGCGCUGCAUGCUGGGAGAGUGCCAGUGCACUGGGGACUUCUGGAGAGGACCAGAUUGCAGCAUCCUGGACUGCGGGCCUUCCAACUGCAGCCAGCAUGGCAUCUGCACUGAGUCUGGAUGCCUCUGUGAUGCUGGCUGGAUAGGCAGCAACUGCAGCGAAGCGUGUGCUAGCGGCUCCUAUGGGGAUGGCUGCACCCAGAAAUGCCUCUGUCAGAACGGUGGAGCAUGUGACCCUGUGCACGGAUCCUGCACCUGCCCGGCUGGUUACCAAGGAGCCAUCUGUCAGCAAGAGUGCCCCAUAGGCUGGUAUGGGCCAAACUGCCAGCAGCUCUGUGACUGCGAGCAUGGCUGUCCUUGUGACCAGGAGACGGGCAGCUGUAAUAUCACCUACGAGGAUAGCCUGCAGGACAAGUUAUCCAGAGCUGGCUACUGUCUGGCUUUCCUCAUGGUUCAGGCAGGAAGUGACGAGAAACCCCUUCUCACAGAGAGAACCUGGAUCUGCUUCACCUCAGUCUUGGGGCUGCUGCUUUUGAUCAGUGUGGUUGGAAACCUGAGGCUAGUUCUCAGGAGCCGGGCAGCAGAGCGCUGUGAAAGUGGUGACUACGUGUACCAUCCACUGAAAGAAAUGAAUGGAGAAGCCAGUCAUACAUGCCCUUCUGCCUCUUUGGAGCAGUACCAGGCAGAAGACACUCAAGAUCAAAGCCAGCCAGAGACUGAAGCACUCAUUUAACGUCACAGGUGGGGAAAGACUUGAGAUAUUCUCCCCAGCUGUGGUACUGGCUUUCAGCACAGAGGACCUACCAAGGGCUGCUUCGUCCUGGAAUGAGAAGCUAGUAACUUGCACAGAACAGCAGCAAGAAGGGGCACAAGGUGGUAGUCACAAAACAUGUGACUAUGGGCUCAACCCAGCAGCUGCCUCCCUUCUUGCCACUUCUCAAGCAGAAAUCUCUCAGUUCCCUUCCUGGGCCUGGUGCUCAGGAGAGAGGGGACAUGAGAAGCCCUGUGCAACAGCAGCAACUGCUGCUCUACCAUGGAGAACAGGGGCCUGUAAUAACUAUGGGGAUUAGUCAGUAUUCACUGCAUUAGUUGUGAGUGGAUAAGGAAUUCCCUGCCCAGCAAACUGAGCCUGAUUAAUUAAAGACAAUGAAAAGAAAACUUAAGAAAAGUCAGUGGAAGUGCAACAUGCACUAGCCCACGGCUUUUCUCGCUUUGGGCCAGUUCUCACACCAUGGCAUGUUCCAUGGUUGAGCGGUGUGGCUAGAACACGGUCACAUCUGGCUUGUUUCACUCAAGCUGUGUUUCUUGCAAUUUGGGCUGGAAGGCGUUUCUUUCACCAAGGGUAGAAUUUGUCUGCCACAAGCUGGCUGUUUUGGAUGACUGGUUGGCUGCCGCAGCGAGGGAUGGAUUACGUUUUUGAUAGGGUCAUAAACGGUGUCAGUCCCCAAAAGUCUCACUCCUCUUCACUGUUGCUAGAGCAGACACACUGCUUUGGGGAUUUUAAGUGAUUCUGCUCCCCUUUUUAGUAAAAGUGAGUUUAGCC